AUUUCGCUCGACGUUGACAAACGGCCACACUGGCGACUUGCGAUGAAAAUUAUUUAUAUUUCGCUUCUUCGCACGCAAAAAUUGGUCAAAAUAAACAAAGGUUAAUGUGCUGCUGCUCAAUAACGGUACAGUGGUCAGUCCGCCGGACCGCCGAACGCGCGUAACGGUAAGCCGUGCGUGUGCCGCCCCGAGAAUCGGCGCUAAUUAAAAGUGGAUGCUGCAGCGGCCAUCGGAAUCAACAAAAAGCCAACCGAAAACGCAGGCUAUUCUCCAAGCGAUCAAAGCCAACUAAUUUCUAACCGCCGGUUGUCUUGUGCCCCGAUUAAGAGUAAAAGUACAGCGAGAAAGUAAAGCCCGUAAACAAACAACAGUUAAACGCUGCACUGCAAUUAAAACGGAACGGGAAACGCAGCGGAGGACAUAAAAUCGGUGGCAAGAAGAAGAGCGCUGCCCAGCAAGCGCCUUUCGCAGGGUUAAAGGAGGGAAAUCAGUGGUGAACUAAAGUGCAGAGUGCUAGAUAGACGUAAUCCCAGGUAAAGUGGUUAAAAGUCCCUGAAAAGCCAAGAAGCGGCAGGUGCUUGGCGCUUUUGAAACGAGACAACACGACGCUGGGUUUCCAGCGUAGAGUUGCCAACCCGAAAAAGAAACGGGGUUGCCGUUCGUUGCGCCGAAAGUGUUUACCUGCUUUCCGAGGGCCAAUUGCUUGAGGGAAAGCGACUUUCCUAACGAUCCUGGCCAGGAGAUGAGUUGGAACUCGAACUUCAGGCGGUCCCAGGCCGGAUAACCGGCAAAAAGCCAAACCCACCGAUAAAAACCCACUGCAGUUGGUCAACUAACGCUCUAGGGGAUUAGCGCCCGCCUCUCAACGACUCCACUCGCCACAAACCAGCACUCCUUCACCAGCGUCGAGAUCUCCUGCGCGGGAUUGGCGACGCCGCUACAACCGAAUUUCUUGCCCCACGCCGUUGAAGAAAAGCUGCCACCAUUAGGAAGAAGAAUACCUCGAAUAUGACCCACAAUCUUGGUAUGGCGCCAUAUCGAUUGCCGGGUCCAGCGGGCGGACUGUGUCCGCCCGACUUCAAGCCGCCGCCUCCGACGGACAUCAUCUCGGCGCCGAGCAAUCCGAAGAAGCGGCGGAAAACCUCAAGUGCCGCCAACUCUGCUGCGGCGGUGGCUGCUGCGGCGGCUGCCGCAGCCGCUGCUGCGAACUCCAUGCAGCAGCAGCAGGCGCCACCCACGCCGCAGGAUCUGCUGCCCCCUCCGCCGAUGGGAGGCUUUGGAGACACCAUUAUUGCCUCGAAUCCGUUCGACGACAGCCCCCAGGUAUCGGCGAUGUCCAGCUCGGCGGCCGCGGCGAUGGCGGCCAUGAACCAGAUGGGCGGCGGUCCGGGAGGUGGUCACUUUGGCGGCGGUGGACCGGGAGGCCAUCCGCACUGGGAGGACCGCAUGGGCAUGGGUGGCGGACCGCCUCCCCCGCCACACAUGCAUCCGCACAUGCACCCGCACCACCCGGGCGGUCCCAUGGGUCAUCCACAUGGCCCCCAUCCGCACAUGGGUGGUCCGCCUCCGAUGCGCGGCAUGAGCCCUAUGCAUCCCCAUCAAAUGGGACCGGGACCAGGCGUCGGACUACCACCACACAUGAACCACGGAAGGCCCGGAGGACCUGGAGGCCCAGGAGGACCCGUGCCCAUGGGCAGUCCCAUGGGAGGAAUGGCUGGCAUGGGUGGCAUGAGCCCCAUGGGCGGAAUGGGAGGCCCCAGCAUAUCACCCCAUCAUAUGGGCAUGGGCGGUCUGUCGCCCAUGGGUGGAGGCCCUAAUGGACCCAAUCCGCGAGCCAUGCAGGGCUCUCCGAUGGGCGGUCCGGGCCAGAACUCGCCGAUGAACUCUUUGCCCAUGGGCUCGCCGAUGGGCAAUCCCAUUGGCAGCCCGCUGGGGCCGCCUUCCGGACCGGGUCCUGGAAAUCCUGGCAAUCCCGGCGGCCCACAACAGCAACAACAACCUCCGCAGCCACCGAUGAACAACGGGCAGAUGGGUCCGCCGCCUUUGCACAGUCCGCUGGGCAAUGGACCCACCGGUCAUGGCAGUCAUAUGCCCGGAGGACCUAUCCCAGGUCCAGGUCCUGGGCCCGGCGGUCUUGUGGGACCCGGUGGCAUCUCCCCCGCGCACGGCAACAACCCGGGAGGUCCUGGGAACAACAUGCUCGGCGGGAAUCCCGGCGGCGGCGGCAACAACAACAACGGAAGCAAUACAAACAACGCCAGCAACAACAAUCAAAAUCCUCACCUCUCGCCGGCAGCCGGACGCCUGGGAGUGCCGACGUCGAUGCAGUCGAAUGGACCUUCGGUAUCGUCGGUGGCCUCCUCCUCGGUACCCUCGCCCGCCACGCCCACGCUCACGCCCACUUCGACGGCCACGUCGAUGUCCACGUCAGUGCCUACAUCCUCGCCAGCGCCGCCCGCCAUGUCACCGCACCAUUCGCUGAACAGCGCCGGCCCCAGUCCGGGCAUGCCCAACUCCGGACCCAGUCCGCUGCAGUCGCCCGCCGGCCCCAAUGGUCCGAAUAACAACAACAGCAAUAACAAUAACAACGGACCCAUGAUGGGCCAGAUGAACCCGAACGCAGUUCCUAUGCAGCACCAGCAGCACAUGGGCGGCGGCCCACCUGGCCACGGAAUGGGCAUGAACCAGAUGCUGCCACCGCAGCAGCCCUCGCACCUUGGUCCCCCGCAUCCGAAUAUGAUGAAUCACCCGCACCCGCAUUCUCAUCCGCACCACCAUCCCGGCGGACCACCGCCGCACAUGAUGGGCGGUCCUGGGAUGCACGGAGGACCUGGAGGAAUGCCGCCACACAUGGGCGGUGGACCCAAUCCGCACAUGAUGGGCGGACCUCAUGGGAACGCGGGUCCGCACAUGGGCCACGGUCAUAUGGGCGGAGUACCAGGUCCAGGACCCGGGCCCGGUGGCAUGAACGGACCCCCGCACCCGCACAUGUCUCCGCACCACGGACACCCGCACCAUCACCACAAUCCAAUGGGCGGACCCGGACCUAACAUGUUCGGCGGUGGUGGAGGCGGUCCAAUGGGACCCGGAGGACCGAUGGGCAACAUGGGACCCAUGGGCGGCGGACCAAUGGGCGGCCCCAUGGGCGUGGGGCCCAAACCGAUGACAAUGGGCGGCGGAAAGAUGUAUCCGCCGGGCCAGCCGAUGGUCUUCAACCCGCAGAAUCCCAACGCGCCGCCCAUCUAUCCGUGUGGCAUGUGCCACAAGGAGGUGAACGACAACGACGAGGCCGUGUUCUGUGAAUCCGGUUGUAACUUCUUCUUUCACAGAACCUGUGUGGGCCUGACAGAGGCGGCCUUCCAAAUGCUCAACAAGGAGGUGUUUGCCGAGUGGUGCUGCGACAAGUGCGUGUCUUCCAAGCAUAUUCCCAUGGUCAAGUUCAAGUGUUGAAGCGGGCGGGAAUCGGAAUCAGCGGAACCUAUCGAUCAACACCCAACAAAAGCAUCAGCAACAGCACCAGCUAGCACUCACUCACUGUAUAAAAUAUCCAAGCAUUAACUCUAUCUUAAUUGUAAGACUUAAGCUGCUCAAUAGUCAAGACCCCGACCCCGACCGAUCCCGCGACCCACCAGUCCCAGAACCCAGAACGGAAAUAGGAACCCGUAACCAGUAAGCGACCCACUAAAGUGCCGGAGCAGUGUUGUGACUUUCAGCUCCGGGCUCCUGGCUCACUCGCGACAUCCUCCUGAAACAAAUAAGCAAAGCAAACCUUAACGAAAAGUGUAAACGAAAUAUGUUAAUUGUAAUAUAAU